GAGAGAGCCUUCUCCCUUUUACAUUGCGUGUCUUCGAAAGUGUAUGGGUUGGAGCGGGUGGUUGCACAUUGUCGCCUGUGGACCAAAAACCCCAACCGGUUCUCGAUCCUCUUCCUCCUCCUGGACGUCUUAGUUGUCAUCCUGCAGGACACCCAGCAGCAGGGGCGCCCCAUAGAUCCCUCUUUCAAGGUCGUCUCGAGAUGAGAGGAAAGAGAAAGUGGAUUCCUACGAAGACCUAUGUAUAUAAAGUGGCGCCUCGGGAGCCACUGGCAGAGUCCAACUCAUUCCGCGAAGACAAACAACCUGUCUCCUGAGGAGCUUUGACGUCGCCAACAUGAAGGUCCAAACUCUAUUGUUGAUUGGAACCAUUGCUUCAGCAUUGGCUGCACCUCAAUUCGACUUCAACAAUAACCAGCCAACGCCCUACAGCUACGCCUACGGCGUGAGUGACCCCAACACAGGCGACGAGAAGGAACACAAGGAGACAGUUUCACCUUCAGGAGUGACCGAGGGCGAAUUCAGGUGGCUCCAGCCCAACGGACUCUACAGAAUAACACGAUACACAGCUGACGACGUCUCAGGUUUCCGCGCCAUUGUCAGUGAGGAACCUGGCGAGAGAGUAGGAAACUACUACACAAACUCCCUUCUGGGCGGCUCAGUAGAAGUUCCUUCUGUUUUCCCCAGCCGAGGAAACCUGCAGUCCUUCAGUGGCUUCCAGCCUGAAAUCCAACAGUCCUUCAACAACUUCGACUCUGGAAACCGAAUCGUGACGAGCUCUCAGAGCUUCCAGAAUCAGGCACCAAUCAGAGGUCCAACGUUCCAGACCUCAACAAUUAGCACAACUCAGAACGAAGGCUUCACCAGCCUCCCCGUCCAGAGCUUCACCAUCCCACAGAACCCUCAGCCACAGACAUUCACAACUUUCACAACCUCACAACCUUCUCAGAGUAGCGGAAACAUCAUUGACGGUGGAAUCAUCGAUGGUGGCUUCGUCAGUGGUGGAGUCAUUGAUGGUGGAAUCGUUGGCACCACUUCCACCACUUUUGACUCCGGAUUCAACCAGUUCAACCCAAACGCCAAUUCUUUCAACGGUGGGUCAAGCCUGAACAACUUCGGUUCUUCCUCCAGUAACUUUGGUCUGGACUCGAACAGAGUCGGUACCACAAGGUUCUCCAGUGGAACCAUCACCCGAGGUGUCCCUCUGAUUCUGGCCAGUGGCCCUAAUCAGUUCAGAGGGUAAUUCAUCACCUACCUCCCACUCACUUAGUUGUUAAAGCCUCUUGACAAGCUUCAUGUUUUUGCAUUUUCAAAGCUACCUGUUAAGUUAAAGUGUAAUAGAUGACGACAAA